AUGGAAGAUCCUUUCGUUGACGAUUAUCGUCCUCCCGAUGUCAAUACUGUCAUUACGCUGCCUGACGACGGUGACAUCCCAGAUGGUUUAGUAUCUGCGAGGCGUCAGAAGUUCACGAGGCAACCCUCUAUUUGCGUGUCAGACCGCGAGCCAUCACCUCCAGACGCGAGAGAACGCGAGAGUACUUGGUUCGGCUAG